CUCAACGAUUGUAUUUUCACUCUGGUAUGGAAAGUGUAGAAUGACAUGACACUGAAUUAAAAUUAUUUUUUGCGUUAAGAACACUAAACGAAUGGCCGAGUUGUUUCUGCAUUGCAUAUUUUCAAUAAAACGGUGUUAUUUACUAUCCAUUUUCAAUAUUUUGUGAUUGUUUCAACUCCCACGUUUUCUUACUAUCGUAAUUUCAACCAAAAUUGUGUUAGUGACUUACAAAAAUGUUAUACCUCAACGUCGAUACGGACUGCAGUUCAUUGCCUUAUGUAAAACUUGAAAUAGUGUUUCUUCCGUGAGUGACCGAAAUAUACGGUGACUUAUGUGUUUAGUGUAAUUGUUUAGAUUUUAUGGUGAUCAAAGUGUCAAUAUGUCGAAUUCUACCGCUCAAGUGCUCAUGAAGAAGGGUAAAAGGGGUGCAGCCGCAUACAUACACGCGGACUGUGAGAAUGGAUCCCCACAGCAUUUGGGUCCGUUGCUGGACGUACUGCUGAACCCUAGCAAGGCCAUUGACGAGUGGGAGACCAUUGACUGGUGCCGCUGGCUGUUAGCCGGCGGGAGAACGCCGGACGAGUUCGCAACUAUUGUCCGGAGUUACGACAAACACGACAAAUGCGGUCUAGUCUGGAUACCGCGUGUUGUCGCGUAUCGAUGUCGCACGUGCGGCAUCUCUCCCUGCAUGUCGAUAUGUCGGGAGUGCUUCCACCGCGGCGACCACUCCACACACGACUUCAACAUGUUCCUGUCGCAGGCUGGAGGUGCUUGCGACUGUGGAGACAAAUCCGUCAUGAAGGAGGAUGGAUUUUGCAGCAACCACGGCAACAAAUGUACUCGCCCGGGAGACGUGCCCGCAGCUCUCAUGUGCGUCGCAGAAGCAAUGAUGCCGCGACUCAUUCUUCGUUUGCUACAACAUUUUAGAGAGAACAGUUGCGGCUCACAGACGACGUCAGAUAGCUACAGGAUCACAGUGCAGGAGUGCGAGGGCUACGUCAAGAUGCUGAUGGAGUUCAACAACAUGGGCGACCUAAUGCGCUCCGCCAUGACCAAGGCGCUUAUUAACCCACAGAUGUACCGCAACCUGGUGGAGCCACCGUUCCCAGACACAGAGUACGGCUGCUACAUGGCAGAAUCCAAUAAGAUGUAUGAGAAAGCGCUAGAAAUGUUCCCGGCGCCAGAACCGCCUGACGAGUAUCGUCAUUUACCAGCUCUAGCCCCCCGGCUGCAACACAACACACUGCUGGACGAGUUCAUAUUCUGGACGUUCAAGUACGAGUUCCCGCAGAACGUGGUGUGCUUCCUGCUGAACAUGCUCCCCGACCAGGACUACAAGGAGCACCUGACGCGCACCUUCGUGCUGCACUACGCGCGCAUCCCGCUGGUGCUGGAGGAGGCGGCCGACCCCGACACGCUCAGUAACCGCGUCGUGCACAUGUCCGUGCAGCUGUUCUCCAACGAGGCGCUGGCGCUGCGCUGCGUGCAGCAGCUGCACCUGCUGCACGUCAUGGUGCUGUCGCUGCGCCUCAUGAUGGGCAAGAUCCUCGUGCAGAACUCGCUGCACGACCCCGAGCACAACUUCCACUACGUCAUCGACUGCACGCGCCGCGUCAUGAAGGAGCACUGCUACUGGCCGCUCGUGUCGGACUUCAACAACGUGCUGUCGCACAAGAGCGUGGCGCUGCUGUUCCUGCAGGACGACGCGCUCGUGGACAUGUGGUUCGAGUUCCUGUCCAUGCUGCAGGGCAUGAACGUCAACGUGCGCGAGGUGGGCGGCCACAUCGAGUUCGAGCCGUCGUCGUACUACGCGGCCUUCUCGUGCGAGCUGGAGGCGGCGGCCUACCCCAUGUGGUCGGUGCUGUCGCACCUGACGGAGCCGGCGCACGGCCCGCUGGCGCGCCGCAUGCUGGCCGCCGCGCUCACCUACCUGCAGGACUGGCUCGACGCCGUGCACUUCACCGCGCCGCACAUGGAGCGGACGGAGGUGAUGCAGGCGUCGUUCCACUUCCCGCUGCACCGCUACCUGGCCGCGUUCCUAUGCGCGGGCGUGCGCUGCAUGGGGCUGCGCGCCGCCGACGUGCUGCCGCCGCCCGACCUGCUGGCGCUGCUGGCCGUGCAUCCGCUGCGCGUGCAGGUACAUACCCACUACUAUACACUAGCCCACGCUGCGCGCGCUGCAUGGGGCUGCGCGCCGCCGACGUGCUGCCGCCGCCCGACCUGCUGGCGCUGCUGGCCGUGCAUCCGCUGCGCGUGCAGAGUUUGUUCUACGAGAUACUAGCAGGCGUGUGGGUGCGCAAUGGCCUGCAAAUCAAGGGGCAAGCCAUGACCUACAUCCAGGCA